ACGAAUCAUAUCUCAAUGUGAGCUUAACAUUAUCAACGGGAACCAAUCACAAGAGAGCUACAACAAAUUACUGUAUUCUGAUUGGUGGACGCGGGGAAUAUUCCGAAACUGUGUAUACUUGUCCGCCAACUGCCGUUUGCCGGACACGGCUUCUAUUCGACGUCGAUAAAUAUUCGAGGUUCGAGCGCCAACGUGCAGUCGCGUGGGAAGAUAACAAGCUCGUGAUCCGGCAGCUUUGCGUAAAAAAAUACCGGUUAACCGCGGCUAAAAAUCUACAACAGAAAAUGCCUCCACGAAAGACCAAGUUGAAGGAGGAUGUGGCCACCGAUGUCGCAGCCGAAAAUACCGACGCAUCACCACCAAAAAGGAAGAGAGAAAAGAAAGUUCCCACAGAAAAGUUGGAGGAUGUAAGGGAACCUCGUUUUCCGAGGGCGGCGAAAAAUAAGAAGCCCGAAGUCACGCCAGAGGAGCCGGUAAAAACGAAAGCGUCUGCCAAGAAAAAUGAUGCAGCCCCAAAGAAAACGGCCGCCAAGUCCAAAAAAACCAAGGAUGUCGAUGAUGAUGAGCCGAUGAAUGAUGAGGAUGAGGAUGCCGUUGCAGAACCUGAGGUUCCAAAGAAAAAAGCUCGUGGAAAGGCCGCGGCAAAAAAGGCGGACGCUGACGAACAGCCAGAAGCAACAACUAAAACGAGUAGUGUAAAAACGAAAAAAAAACCAACUGCCGAUAAACCAAGCAAAGAGGAGGAAGUCAGUGAGUCUAAGACAAAAAAGAAAACCAAAGCUGCUGCUGGUGCCAAGAAAGGAAGAGGCAAGAAAGCGGCCAAGGAACCAGAAGAUGACGCAGAAGAGGAAAAUGCUGAGACAAGUGAAAAGGAGGAUGAGGAAGAAUCUGGUGAAGUAGAGGAAAAUGGAAAUGCGCAAGAAGUCGUUGAAAAUGGAGGUGGUAGCGAGACCAGCGAUGACAAAGAAACAAAAAAGAAAUCCAAGAGCAAACCUGCCGCCAAAAAGGGAAGUGAACCCGCCGCUAAGAGCAGCACUGAAACAGCGGAUGAUCAAGAAGGUGGUGAAUCUGAAUAGUAAUGUUUUUAUUUUUAAAUUUUUAAUUUUUUAAAAAUUAAAAGAUAAAAAACAAGUUGCGACUUUUUACGUUUCUAAAAAAAAAAAUAAAUAAAUAUUCACCAUUUAUAACACGCGGGACAAUGGAACUUAUUUAGCUAUAUAUGAACAUUUUUUUGAUGAAGAUUUUCUUAAAAGAAUAUUUAAAUUAUAAUUGUUCCAUGAAAAAAAGCCCUUGUGGAUAUUUACUAUUUACAUCUAUAAGGAAUGUAAUGUGUAUAGUUUCAUUACUCUGUGUGAUUUUUGAAAUACAAUACUUUGUGUAUUAUUUUAUAUUCCUAAAACUAAAGUAGUUAUAGAUGUAGACAUCUUUAUAUCCUAAAAAAAAUCCGAAACAUCGGAUCUAUCAAUAAUACACGACCUUCAUUUUUCACACUUUGUCGCGUGUCGAUUUUCAUCAAAGGACUAAAUAAAAAAAACUGUAUUUUUUUUGUUGUUUUUUGACGCGAGCACUUUAAAAAUAAUUCCAAGCUCAUGUAUAAGAAAAAAAAAUUUUUUUUUUUUGCAAACCGAAAGUGCCGAAAACAAUGUCAAAUGGUACUUAUCGUAUUUUAAUUAGUCCUUAAGAUUUUACUUGAGAGAAAAUGUUGAUCAAUAAUCGAUAUUGUACUUUUUAUUAGUUUACUUUUUCAAAAAUUGAUGAUAAAAUGCCCAUUCCUAAAAUAUUGUUAAA